GAGAGGAAGCUGGGUGACUGAAUGAAUUGUUCAUGAAUAUGAAGGGAAGAACAGGCAUAACUCAUUUUACGCGACAAGACAAACUAGAGCGUCAGUGGAGACAUUCAUUGCAGAUACAAGACGAGGUGAUGCUCUAACGGAAGAUUCUAGAAGGAUAUGGCCUCUGCGUCUUCACAUGACCUUCUACGACCUGUAGUUCUUGGCAGCUUCAUAGUAAUGUGUGUCCUAGGUACAUUUUGGAUGUACUACACACCGACAGCCAACAGAUCCUACCCAUGCCCUGGUGAACUAAGCGAAGGGAACCAGACGCAGCCAGCUCCCAACCAAACACCCAAGAUACAUGACCAGCAUGACAGAUUUCAGACGGAGGAUGGAGUCAAAGAAGCAGAUAUUAUUGUCUUGAUCUGGAAGUGGCCUUUUGGAGUUCCAUUUGAUCUGAGCUCUUGUGCUUCCUUCAACAUCAAAGGUUGUCUACUAACAGCAAACAGAAGUCUUUACAACAAGGCGAAUGUUGUGAUGUUCCAUCACAGGGACAUCGCCAGUGACCUGAGUGAUAUGCCAAAAGAGCCACGACCAUGGUUCCAAAAAUGGGUUUGGUACAAUAUGGAGUCACCAACAUACACACAAAGGAUCCCAGGUCUUGACCACUUGUUCAAUGUAACUGCAAGUUAUCGACUGAGUUCUGAUGUUUAUGUGCCUUAUGGGUCACUUGUUGAAGUGAGCAGUGAUGAUAAAAGCUUUGAGCUGCCAAAGAAAGACAAAUUGGUCUGUUGGGUUGUAAGCCACUGGAAUCCAAACCACAAGAGAGUACCGAUCUACAAUGAGCUAAAUAAACAUGUCAAGAUAGAUGCAUUUGGACGACACUUUGAAAAAUACAUAGAGGACAAGGCACAGAUUGUGUCCAGCUGUAAAUUCUACCUGGCAUUUGAAAACUCUAUCCACCAAGACUACAUUACUGAGAAGCUGUAUGAAACCUUGCACUCAGGAUCUGUGCCGGUGGUUCUCGGUCCACCCAGGCAAAACUAUGAAGCUGUUGUCCCAAAGGACUCUUUCAUUCAUGUGGAUGACUUUCCUUCACUGAAGGAACUGGCAGAUUGGCUUAUUUUCCUUGACAAGAAUGAAACACAAUACUUAAAGUAUUUUAGCUGGCGGAAACACUAUAAAGUACAUUUAUCGGGCUUUGGAAAAGACCAUGCUUGUCGAGCGUGUGGCUAUCUUCAACAGAAUAAAGGAUACAGAAUUGUUCAGAAUCUUAAUACAUGGUUUUGGGGCUAAUGGGUCUUGUAGUGGUCUACAAUGCUGUUUAAUGAAUAACAGGGACGUCACUAGGCCUAUUUUAGGCGGGCUUUAGCAACGGUAGGUUUUGCUAAUAAAUAUAACCUUUCAGCUAGCCCCCAUUUAUAGAAAUGUAUGGAGGUUAAAACGUAUUUUUGGAGAUCGUAUACAAGUUGCAGUUGUAGACUUCAGAGUAGACUAAGGUCUGUCAUUUGUAAUACAAAUAAAAAUAUAUUCUAAUGUAAUUUAACAAAAUAGUAAGGUGUCCAAUAAUUGGGGAUGGUGGCCGAUGAUAGGGGGUCGUAUUUUAACCAACUACGGAAAAUAUACAUUUCCCAUUAAUGACAUGCUAGCUAACAUUUGUAUGUCACUAUAAUCAUCAGGAACACAUUUGAAAAACUGUGCAUGUUUGUACAUUGCAAUGUAUUCUGUUCAGGGAGAUCUGGUUGUUAAAUUUCUUUUUAAAAUUAUGAUACAUUUUUUACAUUUACUUUAUUCCGAGGUGAAUGUGCUAAUGACUAAAUUUGUUUUUGAAAUGAUUCAGAAUGAUUCAGAGAAAUCUCGCUUAGACACAUAAUAUACUGUAUGUAGAUGU